CAAGCCUUCAGCACUUCACUGUGCGCCCAUCACCGCGCCCUCCUUUCCUUCCCUCCAUUUUUUUGUCUUUUGCUUGCGUGCCCCUAUAGAUGUCGAAGACACGACGGAUAACACAUUGCGGUUACUCAUCUGCACGAUCUCGCAACAGGGCUGCCUCUGAACGCGUGCUGGUCUUUCCCGGCGCCCCCCUUCUCCCUACAGAGCUGAUCUAUGAGAUCACGACGCUCGCCCUUAGCGACUACCUCACAGACUUAUUUAUUUCUCCACAUAGCAUUUUGGAGUGGGAUGGGAUCACCGUCCUACUGCAGUCCACGUCUCAGAUCAGGUCGUGCACCAUGAAACUCCUGGGCUUUCUGGACAAGGAGACGUUUAUUAAUGAUAAGGACAGAGUUUCUCGGAUGGCCAAUUAUUUUCCCGUAUUAUCUCCACUUCGCCAACUGUCUAGGCUCGCAUACUGUACACCGCAAGCAGCCUUUACACCUCCGAAACCGAAAUUCCUUGACGAUCGUGCAAUUCGACGACCUAUCACCCGCUUCCCUCGCAUGGCCGGCUUCGUCCUUCAGAACUUUGCGCGCACACAGGUUUUCGUGAAGCGCGGCAUGCGCUGCAUACGCAUCCGCGAGGCUACAUAUGUCCUCGAGCAACUGCGUACAUUCCGCGAUGACUAUAUGGCCGUGCACGCUGUUGUUCGCGGCGCGCUGCUCGGUCGUGUGGUGGAGCAGCUUGUUGAGCGGCUUGGGGUAUGGCAAAGAAUGCUUGCGAUCGAGCUUACUGUUCGCCCGUUCUUCCAACAGAUCAGUUUCAUCGAGGAACUGCGUCAUAUGCUUGAUCUCGCUCAGCCUAUUCCCCCUCACAUGCUAGCGACUACCGUACCGUUUCCGCCACAGUCACAGAUCCCUGCGUACGUGCGUAUCCACGAAAUGCUCUCCACUUUCUUCGAGGUAGAGCGGAAACAGCUGCCCUCCGUCACGAAAGAGGAGCUUGGGCGCGUAUGGUUCUUCACCACCCUCCGCUACCUGCGUAGUGGUCCCUCUGGCGAAUUCGGGGCCCUCCUUUCGAAACUUUUGCGAUGCUGCAUCAGGCCAUUGUUUUCCCCGGACGACAGGGCGUUGUAUUUCGAUGAGAAUUUUGACUUCGAGCAAGAUGGUCUGUACGGGCAUUUUAUUUCGGACUAAACUGUCGCGUCAAGUCUUGAUCAUGUUGUAUUUCUUCUUCUUGUGUGAGGGGGACGGCUCCUCUCGAUUACAUUCUGCCUAUUUUUUUAAUCUUUGCACUAUGCAAGUCUAGUUGUUCAUGAC